AUGUAUUAUUGGGCAGCAGCCAGCCCCCCCUUUCAUCAGGGAGUGGGCAGCAGCAGGAAGAAGAACAACAACAACAACCGCCAGACACCGUCCACUUUGACGAGAGACUCUUCUUCCCCAAGUUCGCCUUCAUCACCGCCGCAGUCACAGCCUCUCGCAAGGUCCAGUUCGACAAGUCGGGCCGUCAAUCGGCGCCCGCUCUUGUUUGGCCACGCGAGGACAGCAUCCACCGACAGCAACAACCCCCAAAGAGGAGGUGCUGACGGGGAAGCUGCCAGCGGUGACAGGGAGCGCCCCGCCCAUCCCAGCCGCUGGCACCACCACCUGCAUCUGAGGAGAACAGCGACGUCACCAGAAGCUGCGGCGUCAAGGCCAGAAAGCAGUGCAAAACAGUCCACGUCGACUGAAUCGGACCAAAGCUUUUACUACUCAUCCCCAAAUUGGCCACUCCCCGCCGUUGACACACCAGCAGCAACAGCGCCGCCCUGCGUUGACCGACACGUGCCAGCAGCAGUAGAAUCUGACCCCGAUUCUCCUUCGGCCUCUGCGUCACAACCACAUCGGCAGCUCCAAGAACCACCAGAAUCUUCGGAUUACUCAACAUCGUCUCCAAAAUACAAGGCCCAGGAACAGCCGUUCAUCCCCAAUUCGCAACCUGCGAACAUCGACCCAAGGUUUGCGAGCACACCGUCUACCGCCGAACCACACCCUGUUUCAGCUGUUGACGUCGUCAACACAAUCUCGCCUUCGAUAGCUGCUCUCGCUGCUGCGUCUGGAGCUUCUAUACCAUACGCGCUCGCCUCACCUAGCAAAAGCUCCUUCAGCCAGCGCAUCUCGCAACACAUUUCAGACAGGCGAAACCAAAGGCAACAGUCCUCGACCCAGGCGCCGUUGCCUCCAUUCGAUCAGACGUCAUCGACUCAGGCCCGACCCAAGUCGCACGAAACAAAUAGAAAACAUCAUCAUCAUGCCGCCAUGCCACAUGGCACCUCAUCAAAACACACACUCAACAGUAUACCCCUCUCACACACCACGGACAGCCUCUCGAGCACCUCCGGCGCCACAUCUCUAAGUGGUCGCACCAGGAUGUCCUCUACGGAUCAUCACUCCGACGCCGAGGGCUCUCAGCAUCGCCGAAAUGUCCGCGCUCAGAGGAACUUUGUCAAUCGCAAUGGUAGAACAUACAUCGCCGACCCGACCGUCUCCUAUCCCCUGCCGGUCGACCUGCCAGAGCUCAACCGCCAGUCGAUGCGCACGCUCAUGAUGCUCAAGCUAUUUGGUAGGCCGAUAUGCUCGCCCGUCUUCCGUGACCGCCCGCCCGUCCGCGUGCUGGACAUCGGCUGCGGCUCUGGCUUUUGGAGUAUGAAAUGUCACCAGUACUGGUCCAAAAGGGGCCAUCCAAAUGUUCAAUUUACCGGUCUUGACAUCGUACCGAUUGGCGGCGCCGGCAUCUCGUCCGGCAGCAGCCGCAGCAGCAGCAGCAGCAGCAGCGACGGCCUUGACAUCCCUCCGCGACCGGACAGGGACAUGAAGUGGCGUUUUGUCCAGCAUGACUUGCGCAAGACCCCUUACCCGUUUGCUGAUAACGAAUUCGACCUCGUCAUGUUACAGGCCGUCACCAUGACGGCUCCGCAGAGCACAAGCGACGAUGUCAUGGACGAGGUGAUGCGCAUUUUACGUCCCGGAGGCGUCGUCGAGUUUUGGGAAGCGGACUACAUUGUCCGCAUGCUGCGGCCGCACGUCCCCACCACGGCGAUAGGGUCCGGGUCGGGCAAGCAAGCUGCCGACGAUGACUCUGAGGGCUCUGAAGACGACUCGGAUGAGGACGAGGAUUCAGACGAUAGCUCAUCGGACGAGGACCCGGAUAGAGCGGCGGCAUCGCUGGGUGCCUACGUCAUGACGGCCAACACACCCAUGUCAUCGCCGCUCAACAAUUACUUGGUCGAGUAUAACAGCUGGGUGACCAAGGCUCUUGACGCGCGGUCGCUCAGCCCGGUGCCUUGCACCAUCAUCAACCCCCUUCUGCUGCAGGAAGAAGGCCUAGUUGGGAUCGGAUCCAAGCGGCUGGCGGUGCCACUUUCAGAGGUCAAGUGGGAGCGUGAAGGCGUCGGCGGCGUGGUAACCAAGGAUGGUAAGAGCUACGUCAAGGGCCUGCGGGGUGAGGGUGGUGGCAACAACAACGACAGCAGCAGCACGACUAGCGCCGGCAGCAAGGGCAAGGCGCUGUCGGCAAACCAAGCGGCGCUGCGGCGGACGGCGUUGCUGACGGUCGUGCAGCUGAUCCAGAGCCUCGAGCCCGUGCUGAGGGAGGUCAGCGGGAAGAGUCAGGACGAAUGGGACGGGUGGCUCGGCAAGAUGAUGAACGACUUGCUGAAGGAGAACGGCACAAGCUGGGGGGAAUGUCUCGAGUUGGGGGCUUGGUGGGCCAGAAAGAAGAAGUAG